ACAAUGAAUCUUGAAAGUGAUGGAGCAACAUCGCAGAGCAUUUUUGAUUUGGACUAUGCUUCAUGGAAAAUUCGCUUAACACUAGUGAUAGCUGGUUUUUUCUUUUACCUGGGUGUUUUUGUUGUCUGCCACCAGCUGUCUUCUUCCCUGAACGCCACUUACCGUUCUUUGAUGGCCAAAGAAAAGGUCUUCUGGAAUCUUGCAGCCACCCGGGCUGUGUUUGGUGUUCAGAGUACAGUGGCAGGUCUGUGGGCUUUGCUGGUGGACCCCGUUCUUCAAGCUGAUAAAGCCCUUAACCAGCAGAACUGGUGUUGGUUCAACAUUGCAACGGCAACUGGAUUCUUUUUCUUUGAAAAUGUUGCAGUUCACCUGUCCAACUUGUUUUUCCAGACAUUUGAUUUGUUUUUAGUUGUCCACCAUCUCUUUGCCUUUCUGGGAUUUCUUGGUUCAGUGAUCAGUCUCAGAGCUGGCCACUAUCUAGCCAUGACCACAUUGCUUUUGGAGAUGAGCACUCCCUUUACCUGCAUUUCCUGGAUGCUCUUAAAGGCUGGCUGGUCAGAUUCUCUGUUUUGGAAGCUAAAUCAGUGGCUCAUGAUUCACAUGUUUCAUUGCCGCAUGAUCCUAACCUACCACAUGUGGUGGGUGUGUUAUUGGCACUGGGAUGGUUUGAUCAACAGUCUGUACCUGCCUCAUUUUGCACUCUUCCUUUUUGGACUGGCCCUGCUCACACUAAUAAUUAAUCCAUAUUGGACUCAUAAGAAGACUCAGCAACUUCUCAAUCCAGUGGAUUGGAAUUUUAUACAACCAGAAACAAAAAGCAGUCAACCUGAAAGGGCCAAUGGGCAGGUACUCCAGAAGAAGAAGCAGUAGCUGUUUCAGGAACCAAAUGACUCCUAAUAAUACCAACCUGGAGAGUAGUGCUUGUGAUUAUAUGACGUUCCUUGAACAAUGAAUUUUAUGGGAAAAAAAAA